AUGAAGAUAUACACAACUCGGCCUAUUGAAGUACCCCGAGAUCUGAAUCUCACCGAACUACUUCACACCAGUGCGACUGAGCUGCCCGAGUCUCACAUCAUCGCCGCGGACAGUCUCACAAACCGGAGCAUCACUCUCGGGGAGCUACGAGACCACGCAGGAAGAAUCGCAAAGGGUCUGAAGGAUGUGCUGAGCCCACCGGAUCAAGCUCGUUGGGCCGUCGCGCUGCCAAACAGCGUGGAAUUCCUCGAAAUAUUCCACGCCAUCCUGUGGACAGGGGGGAUCGUGUGUCCGGUCAAUCACGCGCUCAAAGCCUCUGAGAUCGGCCAUGGGCUUGCCAUCUCAAGGCCGCAUUUCGUGGUGGCAUACGGGCCGAUGAUGGCGUCCGUUCGAGAGGCUGUAAGCGUGGCAAGAGAGGAGCUCCAUAAGAAAGGUGUGGCAUGGGAUUCACCGCCGAUACUAUCCAUGGUGAAGCCCUGCCGAGGCACGAGAAGCAUCCCGGAUGACUUUCUCUCUUCGUCACGGCUUCCCAUCCCCCACUGGACCAACACUUCAGUUCGCCUGGCAUCGAUACACCUCUCGUCCGGGACGACUGGCAAGCCAAAAGGAGUCGAGCUCACGCAUCACAACUUCGUCUCCAACGUGAUGCAGCUCAUUGCCCUGGACCGCGCCCGCCAGAUCUUCAACCCGUCAUCCCGUACCGUUGCCUUCACACCCUGGGCUCAUAUCGCCAUGACGACGGCACCCCUGUUUCUCGGACCGUAUACUGGUAUGUUCCAUCACGCCAUGCCCCGAUACAACAUUGAAGACUUUGGACGACUUGUCGAGUCUACCCAGGCGACUGCCUUCCAGGGUGUCCCCAGCGUGGUCCUGUCCCUCGCCAACUCGGACAUCACGGAGCGCUUCGACUUCUCCAGGGCGCAGAUCAUCACCGUCGGCGGCGCGCCGCUAAAGGCGGAGCAGCUCUCGAGGCUGCUGAGCCGGGCGCCGUGGAGGCUCGUGCAGGCGUACGGCAUGACGGAGGCGGCGGGCUACGUGGCGUACCAGGAAUUUGACGAGGUCGUCCCGGACGGCUGCACAGGCAAGCUGCUGCCGGGAAUCGAAGCCGCUCUCAAGAGGGAGGGGACGACGGAAGACGCGCCGCCCGGAGGACCGGGGGAACUGUGGUUGCGCGGGCCGAACAUCACGCGCGGGUACGCUUUCGAUCCAGACGCGACCCGGGCCGCAUUUCCUGCCGAGGGCUGGUACAAUACCGGCGACGUGUGCCGUAUAGACGAGUGCGGCCGAGUGUCGAUCGUGGGACGGACGAAGGAGCUGAUCAAGUACAAGGGGUUCCAGGUCAGCCCCAGCGAGCUGGAGCAGAUCGUCAACUCCCACCCUCACGUCAGGGAGGCGGGCGUCGGGGCUCUCUGGGACGCGGACCAGUUGACAGAGGUGCCUACCGCGUGGGUUGUGUUGAAGAAUGGCGGGAACGAGACGAGCAGGGAGGAGGUCGUCGAAAAGCUGAGGGUCAUCCAGAGGGCCGUGGACGGGCAGGUCAGCGGAUACAAGAAGUUGAGUGGAGGCGUCUGGGCCGUCGACAAGGUACCGAGGAACGCAACGGGGAAGAUUAUCCGACCAGAGCUGGUCAAGAUGACCCAGGGGCCGUGUUCCCUGGAGAAGCCAAGGACGUUGACGGCCAAGCUGUGA